GGCAGCAAGCAAGAGAGCGCGCCGCCGGUGACGCGUCACUUGACUCCGCUGUGAAAGAUGGCCGCGGUGGAGCGGGCUCAGGUCAGGGAAGGGUUCCGGAUAGUUGUUCUGUGCGUAUGCUGGUACACGGUCAGCUCGGGCGGCAACGUCAUCAACAAAAUAAUCCUCAAUGGUUUCCCGUACCCGGUCACGGUGUCCCUCUUUCACAUUUUUUCAAUUGUCGUCUUCCUCCCGCCGUUGUUGCGGGCAUGGGGAGUCCCCAAAACAGAAGUGCCAAAGAGGCUCUACUGGUGGACCAUUCUACCUUUAGCUUUCGGGAAAUACUUUGCAUCGGUCUCCGCUCACUUCAGCAUAUGGAAAGUGCCUGUUUCCUACGCGCACACCGUUAAAGCCACGAUGCCAAUAUGGGUUGUGCUCUUGUCAAGGAUCAUCAUGAGGGAGAAGCAAACUACUAAGGUGUACGUAUCUCUGAUCCCCAUUAUUGGCGGAGUGCUGCUAGCCACAGUGACGGAGUUGUCCUUCGAUGUUUCGGGCCUGAUCAGCGCUCUGGCUGCCACGCUAUGCUUCUCUCUGCAGAACAUCUUCUCCAAAAAGGUGUUGCGUGACACACACAUCCACCACCUGCGGCUUCUUAACAUUUUGGGCUUCAAUGCUGUUAUAUUCAUGCUGCCCACCUGGGUGCUGGUUGACCUUUCGGUCUUUCUGGUUAAUGAUGAUCUGUGGGACAUGUCGGGUUGGACCAGAACCGUUGUUCUACUGCUCAUCAGUGGUUUCUGCAACUUCGCUCAGAACGUCAUCGCCUUCAGCGUGCUCAAUCUGGUCAGUCCGCUCAGCUAUGCCGUGGCUAACGCGACCAAGAGGAUCAUGGUCAUCAGCAUCUCACUAUUUAUGCUCCGCAACCCGGUCACACUCACCAAUGUGCUGGGCAUGAUGACGGCCAUAGUCGGGGUCUUCCUCUACAACAAGGCCAAGUAUGAUGCAAACCAAGAGAAGAAAAUGCUACCAAGCAGCAAGCAAGACCUGAUGACCUUUGACAACCCGGUGUUCCAAAAGCAUCAGGCCAACGGCUCGGUGCCUUUCUCCCACACGACACUGCAGCAGGAACACAGUUGGAACAACGUGCUGACCGACCACUUUCAGUACAGUCGUCAAACCUACACGACAAACUCCAACAGCAACCACCACCAGUAUGUGGUGUAAAAGACGAGGCCGUCCUCUGCUCGGGCUCGCCCUCGUAUAGACGUUAGCGUGUGUGUAGACGCCAUCCCAGCAGCACUUCGUCACACAUGAGAGACUGUUCCACACAGGAAGAGCGGGACAUCAUUGACAUGACCUCUCCCAUGCUUCUCCGUGUCAAAACCUUGCUGAUUUUUACAAUCUGUUACUUCAGUUCAUGCUCUUUAGAGUGGCCGGACACGCAGCAACACUCGGAUCAGAUAUUUUCAUUGGCGCACACAGCAUAGAGUUGGAUAUUUUUAUUUUCUAAAGGAGUGAUGUCAUCUGCAACUGGGACCUCACACACAACGUCUGUCAUGUUACUUUUGGUAACAAACAAAAACAUAGUGCAAAGCCUUAAUAUUUAGGUUUUAGGUAUUUAUUUUUCUUGCGAAAGAGACGGUUGAAAUCCAACAUUCUUGAAAUAUUCACGUCUCAAAAGAGCCCAUAAAAUAUUGGGACAUCAAGUUUUUCCCACUCCGACUGACACACAGAAAGCAAUCAUAUCUAUUGUAUUAUAAUUUGAUUAGCAUUAAGUGCGAGACAGAGUUCUGAUCUGCAGAACGGUCAGUGACCACUCUCUUUUCUUAUAAUGCUCCAAUCGGUGUCAUCAUUCGUAUACAUGUUUGGAAAAAGCAAAGCUUCCUUGUAAAAUAGGUACACAGCUGCAAAUUACAAAGGUUUUUUUUGCCUCAUCUUUCCAAGAAAACCAUCAUUUUGUUGAAAGUGAGAUCAAAUUGUCAAUGUGAAUCAGUCUUUUACGUGGGUUAUUUUCAUAUUGAUCAAUAAUAUUUAUGCAUUAUCAAUGCUUCUCAGGCAGACAAGGAUAUCCUCUGUCCUGUCAGGCAAAUUAUAAGCCUGCCACCAAAGUUUGUCAUAUUUCAUUUUUUUCCUCUUAAAAACUGUCUCUCGUUUGCACAUUAGAACAAAAUGUUCUGUUGAGAGGGUAGACUGGUAUGAAAUGUCCUCUAAUAGUCACUGGAUAGAUGUGUAAAGGAAGCAGAGAUUUUCUUUGUGCAAUAAUCAACUGAACUGCCAACCCAGAUGGAUAAAAAGAUUGUGCUCAAUUUCAGUGUCAAUAAAACCAGACAUCGGUCUUGUAUUUAUUAGAAAUUGACACUGAGCAUUAUAAUGCAGCAAUAUACUGUAAAGGGCGCUCCCAAGUUUUUCUACUGUAGUUUCUAAUUCUCGAUGUCAAUUUGUGGGGUUUUUUGUUUUGUUUUGUUUUUUGUUUAUGUAAUCUUGCAUCAUCAAGGAAGUCAAACUUUUCAAAAAAAAUAAUGUGUGUUGGGUUGAUAUUUGGAGAUUACCAAAUAUGAUUUGCUGGAGUUACUACUCUGUUGUUUUACGUGUCUGCUGUUGCUGCUGCAGUUUAGGGCUUGAAUGUUUGCAAAACCUUUUAACAAUCAAUUCUAGCCAUCUUUUAAUAUGUCAUUUGUAGUAUGUUUUUGUUUUUAUGUCUCAUGAAAUUCUCUCGUGGAUCUGCUUUUCAUUGGAAAUAAUGAUUAUGUGAGCAAUCUGACUCAUGCAUAGCAGAAAGACGAGCAGAGCUUGUUCAAAAUCAGCCUGGAAAAUAACAAACUAAAAGGGAAUCGUAUUGUUAGGGGGAAUGUCAACACUCUACAUUUAGUUUGCAUUGUUGUAGAUGCAAGGAGACGCCACAUUUUAACCAUAAAUGCAUUUUGAUAACUUUGAAAAUGUCAGGCAUUAAAGGGGAAGCGUCAACGAGUAAACUUUCAGCCAAUCAUCAACUAAAUAAAAGCUCUCUAGCAGACAGCUUACUUUAAAUAUUUAGCAACAUAUUUAUUCCCAGUUUUAAAACAUUUCUACCUGGAUGCCAGUGUGCAUAAUUCUCACAAGCAGAUCAAAAUCGUAGCUUCAUUGACUUAUCAGAAAUUCAUAUUUGACUUGUAUAUUGUUGCUUGAUGGUGAUGCCAAAAGAAAAGGGUAACAGGACAGACCUCACUUUUUCAGUAAAGUUCAUCCUGUACCCUUUGAAUUUUCUUUCUCAGCAUCAAGUUUAAGUCAAGUUGACCGUCAUAAAAGAAUCGGUGAACUUAGAUAACGGCUCAUAGAACAAAAGUUGCUCACUGGGAUGUACAGUGCGUCUGAACGGGGAUGGAUUCUUUGUAAAACUUGUACGAUUAUUUUAUGAGUUUUUACUUUGCUAAUGUUAAUAGAUUUUUAUUUAUGGUUGUCAAGGUACAAAUAUGUUUUGCAGCAGUGCAGCUAUGAGCAGUUGGCUCUGCUUCUGAUUAAAAGAAAUGCUAUUUUUAAAUGUUGAAAAACAAUAAAAUAGAAUACUGGACUGUACCAAAUGUCUCCUCGGUUACUGUAAAUGCAUUUUCAAUGUUGGUGCAGCAGCAAAUGAUACCAAUUUUCAGGUUACACACUAGACUACACACAGUAAAACAGAGCUACACAAUGGAAUGCAAUCUGAUUCACGCUGUU